UGCCUGCCAGUACUCAUUGUAGACCAUUCGAUUUUUCGCAAAUAAAAAUAAACUCUGUUUUGACAAUACCAAACAAACUCGUUCCAUUUUCGGAAAUUCGAAAAUUCAAAAACAGUUUUGCUUUUCGAACGUUCUGUGCGACGCAACAUGGAGGAUUUACAUUGUAGAUAGAGACAGUGUUGACAGAUCGGUGGCAAUCAGUGAAGAUGAGCGAUUGCAGUUUUUUAUUAGGAACUGGACGUUGAUCGAGUGCGUUAUCUAUGCUGUGUAGGCUGAUAAGCUACGUAAAGAAAAAGAACACAAUUCAAGGAAAACACUGGCUGGUUUUGGCAACAGGACAGGAGUGUGUUUAAAAAUACAUUGAUCACCACAGAGGUCGAGGACAUGGCAAACAAAAAGAUGACGCUCUUCAACCAAAUGCUCCCGAACGAAAAGUAAUACCAAGAACAUGUAUCACCAAUUGAAUUUAUGAAAGCUAACAUGGACAAAAACAAGAAAAAAAUCCAUGUCAACGGCAAGUACAAGAAAAAUGGAAAGAGCGACUACAAAUUGGAUGACGAAGUCAUAACCACUUGCUGCUUGUGCGUCAAAACUAAAAAGAGCAAAAAGAAAACUAUCAUAGCGGGAUGUGUCACCAAUCUGGGCAUAUUCGUUCUUCUCCUUGCGUAUACUUUACUGGGUGCUUUCAUAUUUCUCGCUAUCGAAGGUAGCGCAGCUAAAAUGCAUCAGAAGACACUAGCGACGACGUCAUACCAAGCCAAUGACAAUCCAAAGAUUCCGAUCUCAAAACUCAAUGGCAGUUUGACUCAAGCCAGCGCUGAACUGAGGUCGCAAACUGUGGAAAGCAUUUGGGAAAUAACUGUGUCAUUGAAUAUUUUGUAUAAGGAGAAUUGGACGAGACUCGCUGCUCAAGAAAUAGCGAGGUUUCAAGAGAAGUUGGUGGCAAGGGUCGCUGCUGAUGUUUCGGCGCAGUACGGAGGCGCCCGAGCUCUGGAGGUAGCUCCGGCUCUGGUGGUAGACGACUACGAAUGGAACUUUGCUAAAGCAUUCCUCUAUUCACUUACUGUCUUAACUACAAUAGGUUACGGGAGCGUAGCUCCUAAAACCGCUUUGGGGAAAGCAGUCACAAUCGGCUACGCAGUCAUAGGUAUACCUCUCACUCUUUUAUAUCUAUCUGUCGUCGGAGCAUUACUAUCACGGCUAGCAAGAAGCGUGUUCAGCAGAGCAUUAUGCUGCUGCCUCUGCACCAAGUGCGGGUACUGCUGUCUCGAUGAGCGAACUAUGGCGAGCAAAGAACGAAAAGAAAAAGUAAGAAGACAAGACGACUACAGAACUCAGACUUUGCAACUUCAAGAACCUUACUACGUUCGGUCCCCAUCAGGGACAAUAAUAUCUGCAUCACAAGCGCACAGCGUCAGCACAAAUUCAAUAAAAGACAAAACUCAAGGUCUAAGUUUUCUACGAGACUGUGACUCUUUGAGCUGCACCGACACGGAUUCAAAGGUGUCUCUUCGUGGGUUCUCGAUCCUAGCACCUGUAUCCCUUUGCCUUGCAGCAAUAUUCACGUACAUUUUCUUUGGUGCUCUGGUUCUGUACCAGUUGGAAGGGUGGAGUCCUAUUGAUGGGGUGUACUUCUGCUUCAUGAGCCUGAGUACCAUUGGCUUUGGGCAUCUGGCGCCAGGAGCUACCCAGAAGAACGGCGCGUCGACUGGCACGGUUUGGUUUUGCUCAAUUUACAUCAUGACCGGUCUGGCUUUGACUGCCAUGUGCUUCAACGUGCUGCACGAUGAGAUAGUCCACCGCUUGAGGCAUCAUGAGAAGGUGUUGAAGUCGAAUACUCAGAAGGUUUUGACGUCGGAAUUCCUGCAUCGGUCUUGACGGGACGAUAGUGGAAACUUGACUGACGAUACCAUGAUGAAUUCUGAAGGAGAGUCAUUGCCGGAGGUACUCCAUCAUGUAUCUGUACCCAGGUGUGAUGGAGGUGCAAUCAGGCGGUCAGUUUACACACUCAGAGAAGAAAAGGAACCAGAGCGAUUGACUCCGAUGUAAUUAAAAAUAGGACUAGCCAAAGACUCGACACGUUUCCUAACUUUACCUAUACAUUCCAUAAGCCUCACACUAUUAUGUAUCUGUAGAAAAAGACUUCGUUCAUAGUUUAUUUGGCGUUGAAAAAACAUUUUCAGGUUAGGGUCAAGAUAAGUACAAGUUGGUUUGAGUGUUUAUUGUUCAGAACGAGUAUUAUCGGAUAAUUAUAUUUGUUAUGUUAUUAUCUUUUAUAUAUUUUGAUAAUUCAUAUAUUUUAGUAACGAUAAGUCAAAUGCUCAAAGUUAAUUAAUUUAAACAAUCAGUACUUAGACAAAUUAUUUCUCAGAGUUAUCAAAUAGCAAAGGAAAUACAGUGCGACAUUACUUAUUCGCAAACUUAAUUGACUAAUUUUGUUCAUUUUAAAGAAAGAGAAAUCAAUUACUAUUGCUAAUUAAAAAUUAAUUGGGUUUCCAGUGUUAAAAUGAAGUUGGUAUUCUUAGUUAAUUGUUAAUAAUGUACUUAAAACAUGAUUUUGGUAACAUUUUACGAUGUUUAUU